UGCGGAGGGAAGGAAGUUGGCCUUGGAGCGGCCUGGGCUGUGCGGGGCAGGCCACGGGCGGCGGCGGCGCCUGCUUCGACCAACUGAGGGCGGCGCGAUGGGAGACGAGAUGGAUGCCAUGAUCCCUGAGCGGGAGAUGAAGGAUUUUCAGUUUAGAGCACUGAAGAAAGUGAGAAUCUUUGACUCUCCUGAAGAACUGCCCAAGGAACGCUCCAGUCUGCUUGCCGUGUCUAACAAGUAUGGUCUGGUCUUUGCUGGUGGAGCCAGUGGGUUGCAAGUUUUUCCUACUAAAAAUCUUCUUAUUCAGAAUAAACCCGGAGACGAUCCCAAUAAGAUAGUUGAUAAAGUGCAAAGCUUGUUAGUCCCUAUGAAAUUCCCCAUACAUCACCUGGCCCUGAGCUGUGAUAACCUAACCCUGUCUGCGUGCAUGAUGUCCAGCGAAUAUGGUUCCAUUAUCGCUUUCUUUGAUGUCCGCACAUUUUCAAACGAGGCUAAACAGCAGAAGCGCCCAUUUGCCUAUCAUAAGCUUUUGAAAGAUGCAGGAGGCAUGGUGAUUGAUAUGAAGUGGAACCCCACAGUCCCCUCCAUGGUGGCGGUGUGUCUGGCCGAUGGCAGCAUCGCUGUCCUGCAAGUCACAGAAACAGUGAAAGUGUGUGCAACUCUUCCUUCCACAGUAGCAGUGACGUCUGUGUGCUGGAGCCCCAAAGGAAAGCAGCUGGCAGUGGGGAAACAGAAUGGAACUGUGGUCCAGUAUCUGCCUACUUUGCAGGAAAAAAAAGUCAUUCCUUGCCCACCAUUUUAUGAGUCAGAUCAUCCUGUCAGAGUUCUGGAUGUGCUGUGGAUCGGCACCUACGUCUUCACCAUCGUGUACGCCGCCGCGGACGGCACCCUGGAAACGUCUCCGGAUGUGGUCAUGGCCCUGCUCCCGAAAAAAGAAGACAAGCACCGGGAGAUGUUUGUGAACUUCAUGGAGCCCUGCUACAGCAGCUGCAGUGAGCGGCAGCACCACUACUACCUCCGCUAUGUCGAGGAAUGGGACUUAGUGCUGGCCGCAUCUGCAGCUUCGACAGAAGUUAGUAUCCUUGCUCGGCAGAGUGACCAGAUUAAUUGGGAGUCUUGGCUACUAGAGGAUUCUAGUCGAGCUGAGCUGCCUGUGACAGACAAGAACGAUGAUUCCUUGCCCAUGGGUGUGGCCAUUGAUUACACUAACCAAGUGGAAAUCACCAUCAGCGAUGAGAAGACCCUCCCUCCUGCUCCAGUUCUCAUGUUACUGUCAACAGACGGGGUGCUGUGUCCGUUUUACAUGAUCAACCAAAACCCGGGGGUUAGGUCCCUCAUCAGGACGCCAGAGCGGCUCUCGUUAGAAGGAGAGCGGCAGCCCAAGUCACCAGGAAGUACCCCCACCACCCCCCCUUCUCAGGCCCCGCAGAAACUCGAUGCUCCAGCAGCUGCAGCUCCGGUCUCCGGUCCAGCGUCACUGUCCGCGGCACCCACUCCCGCCUUCUUGCCCUCUCUUGGCACCUCCACUGCGUUCUUUGGUUCUGCAUCCUUGAAGUCAUCCGUCACCGGGGACGCUACUCCGUAUUCCAGUGGCUCUGACAGUUCAAAAGCAGCCCUGGGCUCCAGCGCAGCCACCUUCUCUUUCACUCCUCCUCCUCAAGCCUCGCUGGCCCCCACCCCCACGGCCUCUCCCAUGGUGCCAUCGACUCCUUCCAUCUCCUUUGGACCGUCGGGCUUUAAGCCUGCCCUAGAAAGCACACCGAUGCCGAGUGUGUCUGCUCCGAGCAUAGGGAUGAAGCCCUCCUUCCCACCCUCAGGCGCUAUGGUCAAGGUCAACCUCAGCGAAAAGUUCACCUCCAUGGCCACCACGGCCCCUGUUAGCAGCUCGCAGAGUGCCCCCUCCACACUGCCGUUCUCUGCCUCCAAGCCAGCCUCUGCGUCCCUCAGCCACCCUGCGGUGCUCUCCUCCUCGUUGGGUUCCAUGUCAUCAAAGUCCUCGGCCUCUCCCUUGGCAUCAGCAGGGCCAUCUGCGCAGGGCAGUCCAAUUCCAGCAUCCUUGGUGGCCCAGAAAUCCCCCAGGAUCACUCCUCCGGUGGCAAAGGCAGUCUCCCCCCAGGUGAAAUCACUUCAGCCUCCUGUCACAGAAAAGCAGGGACAACAGUGGAAGGAGUCAGAUCCAGUGAUAACCGGCAUUGGGGAGGAGAUCGCUCACUUCGAGAAGGAACUGUCCGAGUUGAAAACCCAGACUUCCCGAGCCUGCUUCCGGGUGGGCACACCUGAGGAGAUGAAGCUGCUGCGCAUGGAGUCGGACGGCUUGCGCUCCUUCCUCUCGCAAAUUAAGGAGACCACGGAGUCUCUCCACGGAGAUAUAAGCACCCUGAAGACAACUUUACUUGAGGGCUUUGCUGGUGUGGAAGAAGCCAGAGAACAAAAUGAGAGAAACUGUGACUCUGCGUACCUGCAUUUGCUCUACAAGCGUCCUCUGGACCCCAAGAGUGAGGCCCAGCUCCAGGAAAUUCGGCGCCUUCAUCAAUAUGUGAAAUUUGCUGUCCAGGAUGUGAAUGAUGUUCUGGACUUGGAGUGGGAUCGGCAUCUGGAGCAAAAGAAAAAGCAAAAGCGCCUGCUUGUGCCAGAGCGGGAGACGCUGUUCAACACCCUGGCCAACAAUCGCGAGAUCAUCAACCAGCAGAGGAAGAGGCUGAACCACCUGGUGGACAGUCUCCAGCAGCUCCGCCUCUACAAGCAGACAUCCCCGUGGAGCCUGUCCUCGGGCUCGCCUGCCCCUAGCUCCACGCACAGUUUUGAUAGUGACCUUGAAAGCCUGCGCAAUGCUUUGUUGAAAACCACCAUAGACUCUCAUGCCAAACCCUUGCCCAAAGUACCAGCUAAACUGUCCCCCGUGAAACAGGCACAGCUGAGAAACUUCUUGGCCAAGAGGAAGACCCCACCAGUGAGAUCCACUGCUCCAGCCAGCCUGUCUCGGUCCGCCUUCCUGUCUCAGAGAUACUACGAAGACUUGGAUGAAGUCAGCUCAACCUCAUCCAUUUCCCAGUCUCUGGAGAACGAAGACGCGCGCCCAGCCUAUAAAGACGACGAUGCUGCGACCCAGGCCCCUCGCCAUACCCCCGUGACUCGCACAUCUUCCAUCUUCACUAAAUCUCCUGGUGUGAUGGGAGAUUUGCUAUCUACAUCUACUAGCAAAAUCACUCCUCAGGGGGCUGAUAGCACAAUGCUUGCAACAAAAACCGUGAAACACAGCGCCCCUGGUCCUUCCCACCCCAUCUCAGCUCCCCAGGCGGCCGGUGCAGCGGCACUGAGACGGCAGAAGGCCAGUCAGGUGCCAGCUACGAGUACUUCCAACUUUAACUCAUCUUGGAAGCCUGCCUCUGAAUUGCUAAACAUGCAGGAAUGUAAGGAUAAGCAGACCACCUCCUCUGCAGCCAUGGGUUCCCCAGGGCUGUCCUCUGCAACCAGAGCGACUCACACAGGGUUGACCACAAUGACUGCCAACCAGCCUAAGCAGGGAUCGCCCACAGGUUCCCUGAAGCAACCUGGGCCUCCAGCAGCAUCCGGUCAGUUGUCACCUGGUGAUAAAACUUCAGGGGUGACGCCCCCCACCAAAGAGACAAGCCAGUUGGAGACCUUCGUCUCGUUUGCCGGAGGUUUCCACGAGAUCACCCCUGAGAGCUCGCCUCCCACAGGAGUCACACUGCCCCACACCACUGGCCCGGCUGCCGCUUCCUCGGGGGAGUCCACCCCAUCGAGCAGCAGGCAGGGGCCGGCCCCCGAAACGAUUCUCUCCACCUUUGUGAACAAGCUGGAGAUCCCGCCAUCCAAGUUCGGAGAUUUUCUGUCUCCAAGUUCUCCGUCUGGAGAGACUCUGGGAAGCUUCUCAGGACUGCGAGUGGGCCAGGCAGAUGACUUUGCAAAACCAGUCAGCAAGGCGCCAUCCCCCAGCCUGACCAGUGCACAGCCAGCCAAGACUACGCCAGCGCCCGCGGGCUUCAGCUUUGCUGGCCCUCCGGUGUCAGGGAAGCCCCCGGAGCCUCCUGCGACCUCCUUUACUAGUGCCGCCACCACAGCAGCCCCGGCCACGGCCGCCAGCACUAGCAGCGCCCCCACAGGUAUCUUUGGCAGUCUGACCUUUGCCAGCACAGGCUCCUCCAGGGGUAUCAGCUUUGGCACCGGUAGCAAGACAAGUUUCUCCUUCGGAAGCCAGCAGACGAGUAGCGCGGCUCCCCCGUCGGCCCCACUUUCCACGACCACUGCCACCCUGCUUCCUAGCACCUUCCCCACGUUGUCAUUUGGAAGCCUCUUGAGUUCAGCGUCACCAUCCACGCAGCCUGUGUCCUCUGGUAAAAGUUCAGAGGAGGCCGCCGCCGCCGCGUCAGCUUUACCUGAGAAGUCGGGUGACAGUGAAGUCUCAGCACCAACAGCCUCCCCGGGGCAGCAGCAGUCUGCCCAACUACCCCAGGCUCCUCUGCCAACUCCUGACCCCGUUAAAAAAGAACCUGCUCUUGCCCAGCCUGCAGCCAGCACCCCCAGCACGGCAGCCUCCACCCCCAGUCUCGCCACACCAUUUGUAGAGGCCAGUCCCGCCGCCACUGGGAUCCCUGAUGUCAGGACGGAGUUGGCAUCUCCAGCUUCCCCCCUUUCAGUGCCAGCGCCAGCUGCUGUCACCACGAGCACAGCCCCCAGUACCACCCCAGCGGCCACAGAAACACCCAACUCCACCACCACCACCACCUCCAGUGCCAUUUCCAGCCUUGCUCCAAGCCCUGCUGCUGAGACGGUGGUGUUUGGGACCGUCACCUCUGGCUCUUCUGUCUUCACUCAGCCCCCUGCUGCCAGUUCCAGCUCCACGUUCAGCCAGCUCACCAGCAGCACGACCACUGCCCCCUCGGCCACUCCCUUGUUCGGACAGGUGGCGGCCAGCACCGCCCCGAGCCUGUUUGGGCAGCAGACAGGCAGCGUAGCCACCACAGCUGCUGCCCUGCCGCAGGUCAGCAGCUCGGGGUUUGGCAGUCCAGCCUUUGGCACCUCAGCCACAGGCGUCUUCGGACAGACCACCUUCGGCCAGGCUCCAGCCUUUGGGCAGUCGACCAGCAGCCCGGCAAGCGGCUUCUCCUUCAGUCAGCCUGGGUUCAGCUCUGUGCCCACCUUUGGUCAGUCCGUCUCUUCCACCCCCACGUCAACCAGUGGGAACGUCUUUGGUGCCUCUUCCAGCACCAGCAGCUCCAGCUCCUUCUCUUUCGGACCAUCUUCUGCCAACACAGGAGGGGGGCUGUUUGGCCAGAGCAACCCUCCUGCUUUUGGCCAGAGCCCCAGCUUUGGCCAGGCGGGCUCUGUCUUUGGCAGCACCUCAGCCACCAGCACCACGGCAUCAUCCUCUGGGUUUAGCUUCUGUCAAGCUUCAGGUUUCGGGUCUAGUAAUACUGGUUCGUUGUUUGGUCAAGCAGCUGGUACUGGAGGAACAGUCUUUGGCCAGCAGUCGUCGUCCUCCAGCGGGAGCGUGUUUGGAUCUGGAAACACUGGGAGAGGGGGCGGUUUCUUCAGCGGCCUUGGAGGGAAACCCAGUCAGGAUGCUGCCAACAAAAACCCAUUCAGCUCGGCCAGCGGGGGCUUCGGAUCGACCGCCACCCCAAAUACCUCCAACCUGUUCGGAAACAGUGGGGCCAAGACGUUCGGUGGAUUUGCCAGCUCAUCCUUUGGCGAGCAGAAGCCUGCCGGCACCUUCAGCUCUGGAGGAGGGAGUGUGGCGUCCCAAGGUUUUGGGUUUUCCACUCCCAACAAGACAGGUGGCUUCGGUGCUGCUCCAGUGUUUGGCAGCCCUCCUACUUUUGGGGGAUCCCCUGGGUUUGGAGGGGUGCCAGCAUUCGGUUCAGCCCCGGCCUUUACAAGCCCUCUGGGCUCGACGGGAGGCAAAGUGUUCGGAGAGGGUACUGCGGCCGCCAGCGCAGGAGGAUUCGGGUUUGGGAGCAGCAGCAGCACCACCUCCUUCGGCACCCUCGCCAGUCAGAACGCGCCAACCUUUGGAUCGCUGUCCCAGCAGACCUCAGCCUUCGGGACGCAGAGCGGGGGAUUCUCUGGCUUCGGCUCUGGAGGAGGAGGAUUCAGUUUUGGCUCCUCCAGCUCGUCUGUCCAGGGCUUCGGCGGCUGGAGAAGCUGAGCGGGUGGCGGUGCGCCUCGCCCCUGCGGCCGCUGCAUUCCCCGCGGCAGCUCUCAGGACGACAUGCUCCCGCAACGCCCCAGAGAGGAGCUGCAGAUGCUCCGUGCUGCCAGUGUGUGCUUUCACGCUUUGUGUCGGGCGGCGUCCCCCUCCCUGCUAUUAAACUCUGGUCUGUUCUGCACGGCACGUGUGCAGGUGGUUCCAGGUCCCGCCAAGCAGGUGUCCUCGCCUCAGGCGCUGAGCAGCUCGCUCUGCCUCACUUGUGCAGCCCCAGGGCGUCGGCCCAGGCCGAGGGCCCAGACGAGAGGUGGGAGCUCCUCCCAGACCACGUCUGCCUCGCCUCUGCGGCCUGGUCCGCCGCAGGGCAGGUGCUGGCACCCAGCCUUUCGAGGCCACGACUCGGUGUCUUCUCCCUGUGUCCUUCCGCUGUUAGCUGUCAGGACCCUCGAGUGCGCGUGUAGGCUUGGGUGAAGGUUAAGAAACUCACGAAGGCAGCAGCUAAGGCUUGGAAAAGGCAGCGCCACCCUCACGUGUUGUCUGGGAGGUGCGGGGAGACACAGAGCCCCCGUGACCUGGCGCCCCACCCCCACCCCACCCCACCCCACCCCCGCUCUGCUCCAGAGAGUGGCUGGACAGUGGGUCUCCGGCAGCGACGGGACCAUGAUAAGCAUGCCUGGCCCACACUCUCGCGGGGCUGCCCAGGCUGGGCUGAGGAUUCGCUGCUGCCACCCGGGACCAUCGGGGUGAUUGGGGGUUGAGCACAGCUCCAGGCUUCUCACCCUGCCUUCUCCUCCGGGCCGUGUCUGCCUUCCUAGGCCUGUGGUCCUAGACAUUGGCCUGGCAGCUCAGCAAUGGCCUGCAUCAAAGUGGGGCUUGGCAUUUGACCUCAGACGCCAUGUGCCAGGGCAUGGUCACCAGCGGGGAGAGCUGAGGGGACAGCUGUGUAGAGUUUGACAUAUUGAAGGGUGUAUUUGAAAGUGUUUUAAUAAAAGUUUUCCAUGUGAUGUCAUUUUUCUGUUACAGCC